AUGACCGGGUGGUGGAUCUUGGAACGGGCUGCGCUGUGGAAGGAAGGUACCAGACCAACAUUCUUCCCUCCACAGUCGAGAUGUCACUGGGCCUGUGGGAAGGCCGCAGCGCUACCUUCAGGAGGAUCAGCUCAUGGUCUGGUGGUGACUUCAUGGAGGUUUUGUGAAAAGCAAUUACUGGUGACUUUAUUGGUCCCGGGGACCCCCUGUGACAGAGGAUCGGUGAUCAGCGACUACGUACUUCUACAGCUUCUGGCGAAGAGAGUAAGCAUCAUGGAUAGCCACGGGGUGAAUGUGACUGUGAAUAAGAAGCCCUCACCUUCCCGGGUGCGAGUAGCGGUGCGCCUCCGGCCGUACAUGGAGAAGGGGGAAGAUGAGGUCUGUGUCCGGGGCCUGGACUCGCAGUCACUGGAGAUUGUAAACUGCAGAAACCAGCUGGAAACCAUGCAGUACCAGGUUGAUGCCUUUUAUGGGGACAAUGCCACCCAGUGUGAGAUCUACAACGGCUCUGUGUAUCCACUUCUUCCUCACUUAUUAGUUGGGCAGAAUGCCAGUGUGUUUGCCUAUGGACCAACAGGAGCGGGUAAGACCCACACAAUGCUGGGGAGCCCAAGCGAACCGGGUGUCAUACCACGAGCUGUGAGAGGCCUGCUGCAGAUGACUCGGGAGGCAAAUUAUAAGCUUGAGGAGGAGAACUGGAGCUACUCAAUGACCAUGUCCUAUGUGGAGAUCUAUCAGGAGAAGGUGAUGGAUCUUCUGGAGCCCACGAACAAGGCCCUUACAAUCCGAGAAGACAAAGACCACAAUAUCCUCAUCCCGGGGGUAACUCAGAAGACCAUCAACACCUUCUCAGACUUCGAUGAACAUUUCAUUACUGCAACCCAGAACCGCACAGUGGCCUGCACCAAACUGAACAACCGCUCCAGCCGUAGCCACGCUGUGCUGCUCAUCAAGUCGCUGGGGUGUGAAGGAUACGUCACGGAAAGAGAUCCAUCUUCGUUGGAGGUACAUAGAAGUCCGGCUGGUCGGGAAGAAGCGUUCCGGAAGAAAAGGACUUCUUUCAAGCAGCUGCAAGGGACGGGAAAGUACAGCACCAACAAGAAGAUGGAGGCUCAGAAAAAUAACACAAGAGGGAGACACUCCAUGGGACCUCACUACCAGGGAAGAGCUAGGCAUCCUCUGAAUGGGAUACGUAUCCAGCUUGUGACACUGGUGUUGGAGGACCUGGCCUCUAUAGAAGGGAUAUCUGCCAAAUUAGUCGACAUAUUUUUAGAGGCCAACAUCCUGAGAAUAGUAGCAAGAUGAAGACGCCCCAGGACCCUUCACUUCUCACUGAGAAGCCUUCACCUCAUGGAUUCUAUGAAACCUCUUAUUCGACUGCCUCGUGUACAUUCCUAUAGUCUCCACCAACCCCCUGGUACAUGAGGCUAGUGGGGGGCCUCCUUGUGUUCCACCUCUCAUUGUGACUCUUUACCCUCCUCAGUGUGAGGUCGGCGAUGGCAGGAGCGUUGUCUUAUUUUUGGAUUAUUUUUAUUAUCAUUUUUUUAUGUAUUUGGUUGAAUCUGUGCAGUGAGCCGCCCCCCACCCCACACAGGCAUCAUACAGAUGUGUCUAUAGGAUCUCCAUAUACUUACACCAUGUAACCACUGUUGUGUAUAUAAGAUGAAUCAGUUUAGGGAGACUGAACAGACCGCCCUGCCCUGGGUAGAAAACGUAGCCCCGGCAGCCUGGGGAGUAAUGCAGGUUGAAGUAUAAUGUAAGUUAUUUGCUCAUCUGUAUGGAUCCUGUGUGUCCAGAUACUGGGUCCAUAUGAGCUGCGGCCAGUGAAGUCUAUGUUUUACUUGUUUUACUCUAGCCAUAUGUCCUGACAAUGAAACGUGUAUGUUUUUGUGAAGCCUGAACUUUGUGUUAAUAAAACCUAUAAUUUUUUUAAAUUUAAA